UUAUAAAUUCCUUAUAAAACUCUCCUUCCGUAAAUACUCACUACACCACCACCACCACCACCACCACCACCUUCUUCAUCUUCAUUUUCAUUUCAUUUUUCACACACACACACACACUCAACAGUCAACAGCCAUGACCAAGGACGUUGAACACGCGGCGCAGGAGUUCUCCGCCAAGGACUACCACGAUCCGCCGCCGGCGCCGCUCGUCGACUUCAACGAGCUCACCAAAUGGUCCUUCUACAGAGCGAUGAUCGCCGAGUUCAUCGCCACGCUCCUCUUCCUCUACGUCACCAUUCUCACCGUCAUCGGCUACAAGCACCAGACCGAUACCCUGGCCAGCGGCGACCAAUGCGGCGGCGUCGGGAUCCUCGGAAUCGCCUGGGCGUUCGGCGGCAUGAUCUUCAUCCUCGUCUACUGCACCGCUGGCAUCUCCGGAGGGCACAUUAAUCCGGCGGUGACGUUGGGGCUGUUUUUGGCGCGGAAGGUGUCGCUGAUUAGGGCGGUUAUGUACAUGGUGGCGCAGAGUUUGGGGGCGAUCUGCGGCGUAGGGUUGGUGAAGGCCUUCCAGAAAUCCUACUUCAACAGAUACGGCGGCGGCGCAAACCAGCUCGCAGAAGGGUACAACACGGGCGUCGGCUUAAGCGCUGAGAUUAUCGGCACCUUCGUUUUGGUCUACACUGUUUUCUCAGCCACUGAUCCCAAGAGAAGUGCACGAGACUCCCAUGUUCCCGUGUUGGCGCCACUUCCUAUUGGAUUUGCUGUGUUCAUGGUUCACCUGGCCACCAUCCCCAUCACCGGAACUGGCAUCAACCCUGCCCGGAGUUUCGGUGCCGCCGUCAUCUACAACCAGGAAAAAGUCUGGGAUGACCAGUGGAUUUUCUGGGUUGGACCAUUCGUCGGAGCCGCCAUUGCUGCGUUCUACCACCAAUUCAUAUUGAGGGCAGGAGCCAUUAAAGCUCUGGGAUCUUUCAGAAGCAAUGCCUGAGAAUUAAUAUAUGGAUGGGAUUAAUUACGCACGAAUCUUAAUUAUAUAAUUAUGGGAGGAGAAAAUUUCAGUCAUGCACAUUGUAAAUAUCCAAACCUACUGUCUUUUUUUUUUCUAUAUUUCAUCCAUUGUAAUUUCUUUGGCUUCCUUGUACUGAAGAUUUGUUGUAUUUUCUCCUUUUGAUCAUUAAUAAAUUCCUUUUAAAGUUA